ACAAAAACACAAAAAAGUAGGUUAAUUAAUAUUGUCCAAUGUUUUGAGUUAUAAUUCGAAUUGUGAUUCCGUUUUUUUUCUAACUUCAUCUAUUUCAUCAUCUAAGUUACCCUGUGGUUCCUAAGAAAUAAUGGUUCUAUGCUCUCAGCUAGUUUUUUGACUGAGAUUAGGUCAUCUACUAUUAUUGUCACUUCAUCGUCACCAUUUUCAUCUUCAUCACUUCAACUUUGACCGAAAGCCAUAAUAUCUUCAUAUUCACCGCCACCAUUAUCACAUUAAACAGCUCAAAUAAUUAAUCUGUGAUCUUAAAUACAUUUGGUAAUUUAUGCAAAAUGAUUGAGAUAUCAGCCAAACUAUUCCGAGGCUCUGUAUAUUUUAAUAACGAGCAGCUCAAAUGUCGUAUAAGUUACAAAAAUGUUGGUGAUGAGAUUGAACGUCUAGCCUGGUCUGGUGCUCAAAUCCAUUGUCACUCAGCUCUCGACGAGAGUAAAGUAGCUCAACAUUCCAAAGCUAAUGAAAUUUCCGAAGAAGAGGUUGCAUUUUCAUCCAAGGAAACAUCAUUUCACCCUUGUAAAGGAGAAAAAGGACGGCUAGUUUUCUCAACCAAACCUAAAAUAUUAUUCUGUGAUCUAACCCUCCAUCCAAAUGAAAUCAAGACUUACCUUUAUGAGGAAACCAUACCAUCAGAUUGUCCGCCUUCUUAUUACGGCUCAUGGGUCAAAUAUAUGUACAAAUUGACCGUUGGAACUCAAAGAGUCAACUGUGUUAUUCAAUUGCUACGGAUGCCUCUACGAGUUAUCUCAUUAGUUCCAGAUAUUUUCGAAGCAACCAAUGGUGAUACAAGUGAAGAACCUGUUAGAGACGUAGGAUCUCCCACUAACUAUAAUUAUAUCGACUAUGAAUGCAAGGAAAGCACAUUAGAUCUUGUUUUACAUAAAUUGGACUGUUUAGCUGGUAAACGCUCACCGAGCAGUUAUAUGAUAACCAAUCAAACAGGUCGAAUUGCUAGGUUUUGUUUGUUGAAAAACACAUUCAAAUUGGGUGAAGAUAUAGUUGGUCUAUUCGAUUUUACAGAUUCAACCGUACCUUGUGUCCAGUUUUCUGUUACAUUACAAAGCGAGGAAACCUUGAAAGAGGAGUUUAGACUUCGCUCUGGUAAAUCAACUCACAUUUCAAGUCACAGUAAAUAUCAUGAAUUUUGCCUUCACAUGAAUAAUGCUCAAAUGAUUUUGCCAAUUCCUUUAACGAUCACACCCGCCUUUGAAACCAACUUGAUGACUCUAACAUGGAAACUUCACGUCGAGUUUGUCAGUACUAAGCCUGAUGAUAUUGAUACGCACAAAAUUAUCGAUAAUUAUGGAGUUAUGGAACAAGGACCUGCAGAAAUGAAAGUCCAAACUAUGGUUUGGGAUUUACCUAUUCAUGUUUUGCCAACUCACCCUCUACAAAUAGGAAGAGGUUUAUCCAUGCCAGCAACUAUGUCAAUUACUGUUUAAAUGUUCAUCAUAAUGAAUCUGGUAAACUAAAGAGCUAUUGAGCGAUUACAUUGCACAAAAUUAGUAUCCUACGCCUGAUUGACUUGUCCUGCAUGAAAUGAUAAUCUCGAUCAGCUUGAACCAAAUAUGUAGAAAAUUCUUACACACAAAUAAUUAUAUCGAUUUUACCCAGAUAGAUUUAUCUACAAUUAUACCAUAUUUAGCUAGCGUAUUGAAAAUUAACAUGUUUUUCAAUCAAUAGAUCAACUGCAUAAUGUGAUUUCUAAACUAAAGAAAGGAAAUUAAGCUGGUCAAAUUGAUUUUUAUUGAUUGUUAUUGUUUUCCACUCUUUUGUUGUAAAUUCAAAACUAAAUAAGAUCAACUGUUUAAUGUAAAUUUUGCAAGUCAUAAUGUUAAGUGGAUCAUUAUUUUGAAUCUUGAUCAUUAUUGCAGCAAAGCAAAAUGAUUAAAUUCAUUAGGUAUGAAUCAAACCUUUUAAUAUAUUGACAACAUCAUCGGCUACAUUAAAAGAUAUUUUUGUGUA